AAAAGAGAAAAGAAAGAAAGCGUGAAUCUUGCGCGCCCGGACUGAUGGUGACGAAACGGCAGUCUCUGUAAAGCUGAAACUCUAAAAUAAUUUUUCACUUAAAUUGCAGCGUCGACUCGUUCUUUACCACAUUCACUCCGAAACGCAAAACCAGAGAGCGAGAGAGAGAGAGCGGGAAACCAUGUCGGAGAACGCGAUGACGAUUGACUGCGUGAUGGAGAAAGCUUCUGGUCCCCACUUCUCUGGCCUCCGGUUCGACGGCAUCCUCUCCUCUCCGCCACCUUCUUCGUCUCCCGGCCCUUCUACCAACCUCGCAGCCGACCCCCACGCCGCCAAACAGCCAUUCGUCAUCGGUGUUUCUGGAGGCACGGCUUCCGGUAAGACGACAGUGUGCGACAUGAUCAUCCAGCAGCUUCACGAUCAUCGUGUCGUACUUGUCAAUCAGGAUUCAUUUUAUCGAGGUUUGACGCCCGAGGAAUCGGAACGAGUGCAUGAGUAUAAUUUUGAUCAUCCUGAUGCUUUUGACACGGAACAACUCUUGGAUUGCAUUCAAAAGCUAAAGAACGGGCAAUCUGUCCAAGUUCCAAUUUAUGAUUUUAAGACGCAUAGAAGAAAAUCUGAUAGUUUCCGGCAGGUGAAUGCUUCUGAUGUAAUAAUCUUGGAAGGAAUUCUGGUGUUCCAUGACCAACAUGUCCGCAAUCUAAUGAACAUGAAGAUUUUUGUCGAUACAGAUGCUGAUGUGAGGCUUGCUCGUAGAAUAAGACGAGACACAGUUGAGAGGGGCAGGGACAUUAACUCUGUUCUUGAAAUGUAUGCCAAGUUCGUCAAACCUGCUUUUGAUGAUUUUGUUCACCCAUCAAAGAAGUAUGCUGAUGUUAUCAUUCCCCAGGGAGGUGAGAAUCAUGUUGCCAUCGAUUUGAUUGUGCAACAUAUUCGCACAAAGCUUGGUCAGCAUGACCUCUGCAAAAUAUAUCCUAAUGUAUACGUUAUUCAGUCCACAUUUCAGAUAAGAGGUAUGCAUACACUGAUUCGAGACCGAGAAAUAUCGAAACAUGAUUUUGUAUUUUACUCAGAUCGGCUAAUACGUCUGGUUGUGGAGCACGGCCUUGGCCAUUUGCCAUUCACAGAGAAGCAAAUAAUAACUCCAACAGGAUCAGUAUAUACUGGAGUGGAUUUCUGCAAGAAACUGUGUGCGGUUUCAAUCGUUCGAAGUGGUGAGAGCAUGGAAAAUGCAUUACGUGCAUGCUGCAAAGGGAUAAAGAUUGGAAAGAUUCUGAUUCACCGUGUUGGAGACAAUGGAAAGCAGCUUAUCUACGAGAAACUUCCAAAGGAUAUUUCAGAACGUCAUGUCCUGCUUCUAGAUCCAGUCCUUGCUACAGGUAACUCUGCUAACCAGGCGAUUGAACUACUCAUACAGAAGGGAGUUCCUGAAGCGCAUAUUAUUUUCCUAAACCUUAUCUCUGCCCCUGAAGGAAUCCAUUGUGUUUCCAAACGGUUUCCGUCUUUGAAGAUUGUCACUUCAGAGAUCGAUGUUGCGCUGAAUGAAGAGUUCCGUGUCAUACCAGGAAUGGGUGAAUUUGGUGAUCGGUACUUUGGCACCGAUGAUUGAUCAGAGAUAAGUGCAUAAUUGUAGAUUGGGAUCCUGUAUAAUAUUGGGCUACGGCCUUGGAAACGAUCGUUUCCGAAUUUGUAUUUUAAGUUAACCACUCAUUGUCAGAUGUGUAGAUUAAAACUUAUCAUAAUGUGUGGUUGAUUGGUAUGUUUGUCACGAAGGCAUCCCAAUAGGUUUGAAUUGAUUUUCGCACACAUUUUCUACCAGUGCACGCUCCAGCAGCCCUGCUUAUUUUUUAACAUUGAAUUGAAUAGUUUAAUACGAAAUUAGUAAAGCGAAUGCGCAAAAAUCAUUUCCCUUUCCAUAAAUGUACACAUCUUUGUAGUUUCAAAUCAAGAUAUUUCAACUUUUUUGAGAAGAAAAACAUGUGUUGAUUUAUUUGGCAGGGAACUUUAUUUGUAUUGGCAUCGUUAUCAGAAGGGAAACUGGUGGACCAGAUGAAAUCAGCAGCCUUGCUAAGCCCCAUUGCUUAUUUGAGCCACAUGAACACUGCACUUGGUGUGGCUGCUGCCAAAGCCUUUGUUGGUGAGAUCACUAUGCUUUUCGGACUUGCGGAGUUCAACCUGAAAGGGGACCCAGCGGCUCAAUUUCUGAAAGCUCUAUGCGCUUAUCCAUGAGUUUACUGCUAUGACUUACUACAAGCAGUUGCUGGCAAAAACUGCUGUCUUAAUUAUUCCACCAUUGAUCUCUUCUUGGAGAAUGAGCCUCAGUCAACAUCCACCAAGAACAUGGUGCACUUGGCUCAAACUGUACGAGAUGGGAAGUUGGCAAAAUAUAACUACGGCAGACCAGACUUAAACUCGAUGCAUUAUGGCGGAUUUAACCCUCCAGUUUACAACCUCUCCAACAUUCCCCAUGACCUUCCUCUGUUCCUCAGCUACGGUGGCCAAGACGCGCUCUCCGAUCUUCGCAACGUGGCGCGCUUACUGGAUAGUCUAAAACUUCACGAUGUGGGGAAGCUCACUGUUCAGUACAUAGAGAAUUAUGCACAUGCAGAUUUCAUCAUGGGGUUGAAUGCUAAGGACAUUGUGUAUAAUCAAGUGACUGCAUUUUUCAAGCAGCAACACUGAUUUUACUAAGACUGAGGCCCGAAGGUUAACUAAUGGACAUGGGUCAUGAGCUCAAGUAAAAUGUGCCCAGAAAUUUUGAAUAAUUUUAAUGCAUAUUUAGUAGAAUUUCAUCAA